UCCCUCUCUCUCUCUCCUCUGUUUCUUCCCCUCGGUCUCUCUCCAUUUUUUUUUUUUUUUUUCACCUUCUCCCUUCAAUCAGCCCACUCUCUCUGCGUCUCCCUAUUCUUGUAACCUCCACCCACUACCGUCGGCCAAGCCCUCCACCACGACGCCGGUAAGCUUUCUCUUUCCCUCUAAUACUCUCUCUCUCUCCCCUGUUUCUCUCUCUCUCCACCGUUUCCAUCUCUCCUCCGUUCUGCCGCCAGACUGUGUGCCGCCGCCUCCCUCUUUCGGUUUGUCGAUGCCGUUUUCGUGCGCUACCAAGCCGCAGGCCGUCGCCGUUCGUCCUCCGUUUUGCUCAGCCGCGCCAUCUCUCCUAUCGUUUUCAUCCUCUCCAGGUUGCGCCUCCACACCAGUCGCUACGCCGAUCGCUUAACUCCCUUCUCCCCGUCGUCGGUCGCCCCUCUUCACCCCGGUAACCUCGCUGCCACUACUCGGUUUUUUUUUUUCCCUCCCACAGUAGCCCCUUACUGCCAAAGGCAUCGAAAUCAGUCCAAGACUGCGUAUUCUCACUAUUGAAUUCACCGUAUUCACUGCAACGAAAUUAGGGUUGUGGGACUUUUAGGGGUCGGAUAUAAGACUUAGAUAACACGCUGCAAUAGUCAGGUAAGCAGGGUUCCUAUGCUAAACUUUGCAUAAAACAAAUGGAUUAAGGUUGAUUUUAUGAAAAAUAUGCAUGUUUUGUUAUGAAAAGAAAACUUGGAAACAACUUUGGUCGCUUAUUUGCAUUACUCAUAAAAUCCGUAUAAAAAGAGAAAAAUAUUUUUUCAUGACUGUUGUAGACUUGAGCUAUUUUUGGCAUUAUGUUUUUGAAUUGUGCAAAAAAAAGCAAAUAUGAAAAUAAAAUCUGAAAAUUUAUGCAUGACUAAGUGAAGAAGCUUUGAAUCUGUUUUUGAUUAUGUGAAGAUGAUAUAAAUCUAUUUAGUACACUGUUUUGAAUCUUUGAUAUAAUAUGGCAUCUGAAAAACCUUUGACAUGAUUUUCUGAUUAUGUAUUUAAUUCUGUUUUUGGUCAUAAUCCGAUGAUUCUGAUCUUAUUUCACUCUGAUUUAUGGCUCUAUUACGGGAUACAAUAGUGGCCUCCGACCCUGCCAAGGAUAAUAGUAGUGGCCUCCGACCCAGCCACGGGUGAUAGUAGUGGCCUUCGGCCCCGCCACAGGUUAUAGUAGACUAGUAGUGGCCUCUGUUUGAGUGCACACUAUUUUUUAUAAAGUGAUUUAUGUUCUACUUGGCUAUUCGCAGAUGCGGAACCCUAUCACAGGGGUUAAACAUGGUCUCUGUUCUGAUAUGAUGCUUUGAUAUGAUGAUGAUGAUGAUGAUGCUCAAUUAUGCUAUGCCAAAGGAUUUUCGAAUAUGAAUGUUUGGAACUAUUGCUCUGAUAUUUUAGAUAUCAUGUGUUGAUUUUGCAUUCUGAAACUAAAAAUAUUUUGUUCUACAUUCUGAAUCUUGUAAAUGCUCAUGUUUAUAUAUUAGUAUAUGUUCUCUGCUUACUGAAUUAUUGAUAACACACCCCUUUUAUCUCCACAAUAUUUUCAGAUGAUGUGAAUGUUUCAGUUGAGGAUCCAGAAUAAGAUGCGGGGACAAGAUUGUUGAGUGUAGGGGAUAAGUACUAAGAUUGCUGGAGACUGUUAUUUAGUAGAUUUGGUUUAUUCUGUUGAUUUAGUUUAUUUGGAUGUUGAUACGUUCAUUAAGACUUUGAGGAGUUAUUGAUUUAUUUGUUGGAUCAUUCCAUUGAUAACCUUGUGGAGGAAUAUAUAUGUAUAGUUGAUGAAAAUAGAUGAAAUUAUGUUUAUUGAGUCUUAGAAAAUUUUAUCUGUACCGUGAGAUAUGAUUUUAAGCGACAGGAAGUAACUCUCCGACCCAUCCGGGACUGGGGCAUUACAUAAGCUUUUCUUUGCACUUCUCAAAUUUAUUUUUCAUAUGGAUUUCUAUCUUGUCACUCUGAAGUCCUUAUUAUUCUCUUGGGAUUUUAUCUGAGAAAUUUGGAAAAGGGAAGAAAUUCUAUAGCACACUACUGAAUAGCCCAUUAAUGCUCCACGAAACCAUGAUUACAGAUCUAACUUAUGCGCAUUCUACUGGAUUAAAUCUAUUAAACUAUUUCUUUGUCGAAUUGCCAGCUUACUGGAUGCAUGCAUUUGUAGUUUAUUUAGUUAAUCUUGUUCUCUAAAUUAUGAAUUGGGACCGUUUUGUGAGUUGCUACAAUUUAAUUCUCACCUUUAACAAGUUCCUCACUUUAUAGUUCGACAUAGUUGAACUGAUUAAGGGAAAAGAAUGCAUGUGAAUUUGGUUCUGAAUUUGAAAGCUAAAUAUGCCCUUGAUAGGGAUUGGUGACAUGUACUUGUUAUGGUUUGAUUUAUAAGAUUGAUUAGUAUAAAUUUGAUUGUCUCUUCUGUUUCGCUCUAUGACUAAGAUGGUAAAAUUUUUCUUCUCAAUUGUUUGACUAGAGGAAAGGCUUUGAUUUAUAGGACUCAAAGAAUUGAAGUGGAGUUUUGGAAAAAAAGUGAAGGAGAGUGAACAUAUCUGGGUGAAAGAUGCUUCAGAUCCGGCUUAGGCCAUCCUCAGAAGGUGCUGGAGGGGCGAAGCCCUUGCCUGUGGAAACUGUGACAGUCGCAUGCCCUGACCACCUUGUCCUUGCUGAUCUCCCUGUAGCAAAGGGUAUUGGUGCAGCAACUUCCGCUUCCCUUGUCAAGACUGUUGGUCGUAGGUCCCGUCGCCCUCUUGGUGAGAGAGUCCAUUUUUGUGUUCGCUGUGAUUUUCCCAUCUCUAUCUAUGGGCGCCUGAGUCCUUGUGAGCAUGCCUUCUGUCUCGAUUGUGCUAGGAGUGAUUCAAUAUGCUACCUUUGUGAUGAGCGUAUACAGAAGAUUCAGACAAUUAAAAUGAUGGAAGGGAUAUUCAUCUGUGCAGCACCACAUUGUCUCAAGUCUUUUUUAAAGAGGUCUGAUUUUGAAUCUCAUAUCCACGAGAGCCAUGCUAACCUUCUUCAACCCAAUGCCGAGAAAGAAGAUGGAAAUGAGUCAGAGUCUCAACUUUCCAAACAACCGUCUGCUUCGGACUCCACUGCCCGUGGUCCUCCAAGACCAGUCUUUUCUCCUGGUUCAAAUUCCCAACUUCAUGAUCGUGAAGACAAAACUCAUCGACAGCAACCUAGAGAACCGCCGCCUCCAAGGCCAGUCAUACAGCCAAAGCAACCAAGCUUUGGCCAAGUACAAAAUCACCCUUCAGAGCUGCAACCCGACAACAACCGACCGCAAGGCUUUGACAGGCUGGGCCCCCAGAACCGCUUCCAUCAACAGAUUUUUGACACCCACGCCACCACACAACAAGAAUCUGGCCAGUUUCCAGACAAACAGCAAGGAAUCCUAUCUGAGAGUCCAUUUCCUGAUUACCCACCCAUGCAUUCCUUUCAGCCACCUAAUUUUGCCUUGCCAGUUAAUUCAAAUCCAAUGCUAAAUCCUCCUCUCCCUUUUGGAUAUCCUCCUUUCCAGCCUGAGGGAGGUCAACCAUUUUAUGGCACUCCAUAUGAGGUUACGCGGCAGGAUUCAGCUUCAGAAGCAGGAGCAGAACAGGGAUCAUUGUUGGGUUUCCCACCAGUUCAAGCAGGUGUUGUGAAUUUCCCAGCAGCGUAUGCUCAGCCCUGGAAUGCAGGCUUUGCUGGUUUGCCUUUUGAGCAUCCACCUGGUGGUCAAGGCAUUGCAGAUGGUUUCACAAAUGCAUCAGAUUCUCAUGGGAAAGCUCCAUUUCAUCAAGGUGAGUUUGGACGCAGUCCUGGAGGUUUGCCUUCAAAUCCUCCCCCGCCUAUGGCCAAUAAGGGAAUGGAACAAGUGCAGAGUGGCAAUUUAAUGGAUCCAAGGGAUGGCAAGGGUAUAUUAGCACCACAGCCCCUGACACUCCCACCACCACCUCCACCCCGAACUCAUUCCUCGCAACUUAAAAGAAAGUUCUAUCCCGAUGCUAGCCGUGAUGGACAGGGUUAUGGGUGGCAGCAUGAAAACCGUGAUAGCUAUGGGAGUGGCCAGGAAUAGCAAAUAUGCCGGUUUUCACUUGAGAACUUUUUAACAUUUGAACUCAUUGAAUCAAUCAAUUUAGCCCGUUGUGCCUUUUAUUUGUUCCCGAAAAUGCGUUAGUCGAUCUCAAGCACUGUGGGUCCAGUUUGUUAGUAUAUUUUGAUUGGAUAUCUUGCGAAUAUCUUCAGCAUAUUCUUUACAGUGCUUCCCCAUAUCGCUGAUAGAUGUAGUUUGAAUGAAAUAUUUAAGAUGUAAGAUUUUUGUUUA